UGGCUAAAAGUAAAAUAAAGGACGGCAAGGCUAAUGCUCUUCGUCGCUCAAAGACAAUCACUCGCGAGAUAGAGGCAAAUCGAGCUAGAAAUGUAGUGGGUGGUAGGAUAAGAGAAAUGUUUCGCCGUUAAGCAAUUACCAUAUUGAGACAAGUUGCGCCGUUAAUUCAAUGAUAUCAAAGUCAAAAUGCAUGUGUUCGGAUGAUUCCUCUUCCUUCUCCUCCUCGCUUCCCCCCCUUUCCUUUUUUUUCCGCAUCGCUUUACUCAAAAUCCCCAGUUCACUGCUUUUUCUUCUUUCUCUUUCAAACUCGUUUUCGUUUUCUCCCUUUUCUUCCUCUACACUGUAUUCAUUUUCACCAAAAACCAGGCAAACCUAUUCGUAAAUACCAUUUAAACUCUUUACCUUCAAUGGAAUAUUAUAACAGCGGCAUAGACCGUCCGCGCCAAGCAGUAUCCAUGGAACACGGCGAAAAUGAAUGGAACCGACCAUACAAGACAGAAGGAUCCAUUUCAUACCAUUCCCCUCAAUACCCGUCUCCAUCUGAGCCGCAGUUCCUUGGUAGAUCAACUCUUAUUCUUCCUCCCCCAUCAUCUUUGAUGCCGACAUUCAAUUAUCGGCCUACCAUGAUGACAACCGGGCACCAGUAUAGUGGAUAUAAUGUAUUUGUUGAUCAAUCGGACGUAAAGUCUUCCAAAAGGAAACGCAAUUCAUCACCACCAGUUAACGUGUCUACCUCGGGGUGCCACUAUGAAGUACUGAACAUGGCUAAACGAAAAAGGUCCAAACGGGAUGCGACAGCUGCUGAGACGUUGGCAUCCUUCAGUAGACUUUCCACAAAUACUGCCCCAUACUAUAGCGCCGAGGGGGCAGGAUGUGGCGAUAAGUACAAGCACAACAGGGGUCGAAACAAGGGGGAUUCGGGCUGCCAUGACAGCCAAAGUCUCGUAUUCGAGGCGGCUAGAAUCCUUUGUGGCUUAUCGACUCGAAGAUGAUAAAGCAGAUAUGACCUGCUGUUUGCAGUUGCGUCGACCGCAUCUCACAUACAGCAAGCAGUGAGGCAGUUAUAUAAGGAAAUUGAGUAAAGAAAAUGAAGUUUCGUAGCUCACGCCUCUGGUUUCAGGCGUCACCCAUCUCACAUUUAAACAACUUCAUUUUUGUCCAAAUAAAAUGCCACCUUAAAACAUUUCAGCGUACGCACUUUUUAUGCG